GAGGAAAGGAUGUGACUGGAGCCUCUCUCUCGCAUGCCUCAUCGGCCUAUUACUCGUUACGCUGGGUGUUUGUGUUCCUCCUGCCCUUUACCGUCGAAAUGGAGCUCGGUGGAAAUUAGCAGGCGUGUACCUCUUCGACUUCUCACCCUUAGCUUUGGAGAAUGAUCCACCGGCAGGUUAUUUUAUCCCAGAACUUGUACCAGAAUCGGUUCCUGGGCCUGGCGGCCAUGGCGUCCCCGACCCGCAGUAGCCAGACCCGCCAGCGCUGCAAGGAUGCGGUUCGUCACAGCUAUGGCCCAGAUACCUACGCUGUCAAUGGUCUGAACCAGGAGGCCUUCAUGCUGGGACUGUCACGGUCCACCAGUGACACUGAUCUGGUCUCCCCAGACGCCCGCUCCACCCUCACUAUCAGCUCCUCCCACUACACCAUAGGUCAGUCUGAAGACCUGGUGAUCACAUGGGACAUCAAGGAGGAAGUGGAUGCUGGAGACUGGAUUGGAAUGUAUCAUGUUGAUGAGGCUCUGUCAGAGAACUUUCUGGAUUAUAAGAACCGAGGCAUCAAUGGCUCUCACAAGGGACAGAUAGUUUGGAAAAUUGACUCCAGCUCCCACUUCAGUGACUCUGAGACCCAGGUCUGCUUCAGAUACUACCAUGGUGUUACAGGAGCGCUGAGGGCUACCACACCCACUGUAACCAUCAAGAAGGGCCCUGCACCUGUAUUAAAGCCAGUGGUUAGUCCUGAAGUCAACCAUGGACUGGGCAACAGGAGACUCAUCAACUUUUCCCUGUCAGACCUCCAGGCUGUUGGUUUGAAGAAGGGGAUGUUCUUCAAUCCUGAUCCCUACCUGAAGCUCUCCAUCCAGCCUGGAAAGCACAGCAUCUUCCCCUCGCUGCCACAUCAUGGCCAGGAGAAACGCUCUGGAGUGGUCUGCAACACAGUCAACCCACAGUGGAGCACAGAGAGGUUUAACUUUGUGUCUCUGCCUACUGACGUCCUGGAGAUCGAGGUGAAGGACAAGUUUGCCAAGAGUCGGCCAAUCAUCAAGCGCUUCCUAGGGAAGCUCUCUGUCCCUGUCCAGAGGCUCCUGGAAAAACAUGCCAUUGGGGAUCGGGUAGUGAGUUAUUCUCUGGGUCGCAGGUUGCCGACAGAUCAUGUCUGUGGCCAGCUGCAGUUCCGCUUUGAGCUGACCUCGUCUAUUCACCCAGAUGAUGAGGAGGCCUCCCUGGUCAUAGAGUCCGCCUGUCCUGACGGGGGAAAUGCAGCAGAUGUCAACCAUGCUGCCGAUGCACCUGAUGACGACACACUAAGUGUGGGACCUGACAUGCCUGACCUCCCCUUGGAUGCCCCCCCUGAGGCCUCCGCCGCUCAAGCCUCCGCAGCUGAGGUGUCCACACCCGAGGAGGUCCAACCUGCCGCUGAGAAGGAGGAUGUCGAGGCUUCACCAGAGGUGGAGCAUGGAACCAUGGAGGAGGAGGCGACUGUUAGGGAGGAGCCCCCCUCCGCUGAGCCCCAGGUGGGGCAGGAGGAGGGGGCCUCGGCUCAACAGCAGGAGGAGAGCAGUGGAGUGGGAGGAAAUGAGGGAGGAGAGGAGGAAAGGCAGCAGGGGGAAGGAGAGGAGGAGCAGAGAGAAGAGUCUGCAGCCCAGGUUGAGGAGGUGACAGAAGAAGAAAAGGAGGUUACGGGUGAAACACCGCCAACCCAAAACUCUGACAAUCCUGUAGCAGUAACAACAAAUGAUGGAGCUACGACUGCAGAGGCUCCCGCAGAGGAAAACAGCACAACCCAGGAGGCUCCCGCAGAACCAGCAGAAGGUGCGUCACAGGAGACGACAGAGGGAGCAGAGAGAAGCUGCGCCCCCUGCGCUUGCCAGUCCCUCUUCUCAAACUACAACUCCCAUGCUCCCUCACGCCGCAAAAACCGCCCCUGCUCCCUUCCAGUGUCGGAGCUGGAAACGGUGAUCGCUUCAGCCUGCGGCGAGCCGGAGACUCCACGAUCCCACUACAUACGGAUUCACCACCUCCUACACAGUCUCCCUUCAGCCCAUCAAAGAGCUCCCAGCCAGGAGGAGGAAGAGGCCGUGGAGGGAGAGAAUAUGAGCACCAAUGAGGACACCACCUCCACAUCACCGACACUCAAAACCUCCAAAGACAGAGAGGAGGAGGGGCAGGAGGAUGAGGAGGAGGAGGAGGACACAACCCAGUCUCCCUCUCAGGUCCCAGAGUGUCCAGGUCCCUGCUGCCGCCGGUCUCUACCCCGCAGCCUCUCCAUUGAACGGCUCUCUGAGCUUAACCAGCUCCUGGAAGGUGAGAGUGGAGUACAUGCGGCAGUCAGGAGGAUCUCUCCCUCCUGCUUGGAGAGCGAAGAAGGGGACUCCAGUAACGGGGGAGGAAGACGAGUUGGCGGGAGCACUCACAGACCUCCAGGCGAAAACGAGUGUGAGUUCUGCGACACUUCCUGCUACAGCACCUCCUGCUACAGCACUUCCUGUUACAGCACGUCCUGCUACAGCAACUCGGGCUACGAGGGGAGGGGCCGCUUCUGCAGCCACACCCGCCUCUCAUCGGUGGACAGCAACAGACUCUCCGGCAGCACCGUGUUCUCCUCCCAGGACGAAGAUGAAGACGAGGAGAGCGCCUUCGAGUCGGUCCCCGAUGGCGACAACACACCAGAGGGCCAGGAGGUGGGCGGGGCAGGAGGAGAGAGGAGGACGGGGAGGCGGAAGGAGGCCAGGAGGGGAGAGCAGGGGGAACCAGCGGUGGCCGGGCCCAGCGAUAGGAACAGCAUCGGCUCAGGCUUCUCCCCUCCUGUUGGCCAUGUUCCAGUCCUGCGACCCAGCCAUGACCUAAACCAUUUUCCUGCUGCCACUGACCAAGCCUUACCUCCAAACUGGGAGGCUCGAAUUGACAGCCACGGCAGAGUUUUUUACGUGGACCACGUCAACCGGACUACAACCUGGCAGAGGCCGAGCCACGGCGGCAAGUGUAACCACGGCAUCCCCCGCUCAGGAUCUACCCAGCAGAUGGAACAACUCAACAGGAGGUACCAAAACAUCCAGAGGACCAUGGCCACAGAGGAGGAAGGAGGCAGUCAGAGGUUAGAGCGGAGCGGCAGCACAGAGACUGAUUCUGAUUCUGCUCAGACAGCUCCCGCCUCCCCUGUCAAUCACCAGAAGAUCAGCCAUCUCCUCCAGUCACCUGCUGUCAAGUUCAUCACACAUCCAGAAUUCUUCACUGUGUUGCACAGUAACUAUGCAGCCUACCGGAUGUUCACCAGCAGCAGCUGUGUGAAACACAUGAUUCUGAAGGUGCGCCGCGAUGCCAGGAACUUUGAACGCUACCAGCACAACCGGGACCUGGUGGUUUUCCUCAACAAGUUUGCAGACACCCAGCUGGAACUGCCGAGGGGCUGGGAGAUCAAGACUGACCCCCAGGGCAAGUCUUUCUUUGUGGACCACAACAGUCGAGCAACAACCUUCAUCGACCCCCGGAUCCCACUGCAGAACGGCCGCUUGCCUGGCCACCUCGCCCACAGACAACACCUACAGAGACUACGCAGCUACAGCGCAGGAGAGGCCUCUGAUGUGUCCAGGAGUCGUGGGGCUUCUCUGAUGGCCAGGCCUGGAAACAGUCUGGUAGCUGCCAUACGAAGCCAGCAUCAACCUGACCCACAACUGACUGCUCCAUCUUACAAUGACAAGAUAGUGGCGUUCCUUCGACAGCCAAACAUAUUUGACAUGUUGCAGGAGCGACAGCCCAGCCUGAGCAGAAACCAUGCGCUGAGGGAGAAGAUCCACUACAUCCGGACAGAAGGUACCCAGGGCGUGGAGAAGCUGUCAUGUGAUGCAGACCUGGUCAUCCUGCUAAGUUUAUUUGAAGAGGAAAUCAUGUCUUAUGUUCCACCUCACCCCAUCCACCCCGGCUUCAGCUUCUCUCCUCGCUGUUCACCCGCCUCCUCACCACAGAACUCUCCCGGCUUGCAGAGGGCCAGGGCUCCAGCUCCUUACCGCAGAGACUUCGAAGCCAAACUAAGAAACUUCUACAGGAAAUUAGAAGCCAAGGGCUAUGGCCAAGGACCAGGCAAGAUCAAGUUGCUGAUCAGGAGAGAGCACCUGCUGGAAGGAACCUUUAACCAGGUGAUGGCGUACUCCCGCAAAGAGCUGCAGAGGAACAAGCUCUACGUCACCUUCUUGGGGGAGGAGGGGUUAGAUUACAGCGGCCCGUCCAGAGAGUUCUUCUUCCUCUUGUCUCAGGAGUUGUUUAAUCCGUAUUACGGCCUGUUCGAAUACUCAGCCAAUGACACCUACACCGUUCAAAUCAGCCCCAUGUCAGCAUUUGUGGAGAACCAUCUGGAAUGGUUCCGUUUCAGCGGUCGUAUCCUGGGCCUGGCUUUGAUUCACCAGUACCUGCUGGAUGCUUUCUUCACCAGACCCUUCUACAAGGCCCUCCUCAGACUGCCAACAGACCUGUCUGAUCUGGAGUAUCUGGACGAGGAGUUCCACCAGUCUCUGCAGUGGAUGAAAGACAACGACAUCACCGACAUCCUGGACCUCACCUUCACCGUCAACGAGGAAGUCUUUGGCCAGGUGACGGAGCGGGAGUUGAAGUCAGGUGGUUCCAACCUGCAGGUGACUGAGAAGAACAAGAAGGAUUAUAUAGAGCGAAUGGCCAAAUGGAGGGUGGAGAGGGGUGUGGUGCAGCAGACUGAGGCACUGGUCAGAGGCUUCUAUGAGGUUGUAGACUCCAGGCUGGUGUCUGUGUUCGAUGCUCGGGAGCUGGAGCUGGUUAUUGCUGGGACAGUUGAGAUCGACCUCAGUGAUUGGAGGAGCAACACAGAGUACAGAGGAGGUUACCAUGACGGUCACAUAGUAAUGCGGUGGUUCUGGGCCGCUGUGGAGCGGUUCAACAAUGAGCAGCGCCUCCGCCUGCUGCAAUUUGUCACAGGGACGUCCAGCGUACCCUAUGAAGGCUUUGCUGCCCUGCGGGGAUCCAACGGUCUCCGGCGCUUCUGCAUCGAGAAGUGGGGCAAAGUCACAUCACUACCCAGGGCUCAUACUUGUUUUAACCGCUUGGACCUGCCUCCAUACCCUUCAUACACCAUGCUCUAUGAGAAACUGCUGAUUGCUGUGGAGGAAACCAGCACGUUUGGCCUGGAGUGAGAAAGACACAUCCAACAAAUCAACACUGAACCCCUCUCGGUGAAACACUAGCUGGGGCAAAAUGCGAAAAAAGCAGCUCUUCCCGGCUUAUUACAUAAUACAGAUACCUGGAUUGUACUCAACAAAGUCUACGGUCAUGUGGAUAUAUGUAUGUCACUGUUAUGGUACUAUGUGGUGAAGUCUUUCACUUAACUAUGCCGAUCUCUAUGACAGCACCCAGCACUUAGUACACAACAGCAGGACUACAGUUAUUUUUGUAUUAAUCAUUAAGACUGGAAAAUAUGAAACAGUACACUUGCUUUUUAAAAAAGACAGUUAUAUAUAUAUGAUAUAUGCAUACCCAAAGAAAAGGUAUGUAAAAUGGAAUCAAGAUCAUUUAUAGUUGCAUGUACUAAAAUGCAUCAUCCAUUCAGUACUUACAGUAAUAAAAAUGCUAACAAAAACUAACAGCAACAAAUGAAGAUAAAUGUACAGAAUGUAAGAAAAAAUGAAAUAGCACCAACAACAAGACCUGUACAUAAAAUCUAAGACAUUAGUAUGACAGCGAAAUAUUUGAGAAUUUGUUGGAAUUUAUCUUAAAAUUUAUCCUCACACCUGGGUUGAAAUUUUGAAUCGACAGAAGAGAUUAAAAAAAAAUAUGAAUUGCAGCUUCUAAGAUGUUGAAAUGUUGACUAAUGAAUAUGUAGAUCUUUUCUGUGAAUUCAAACUUUAAUGCUAAUGAUGUGUUCAAAGUCCUCCACACAUUUUUCUCAGGUGGUUUGCUACUCUUAUACAUUCAGAUAAAUCUAUAAAUGUGGCUUUAAAGAAGUGGUUCAGAGUUUUAUGCAGAAGUCUAGAGGCCCUGAUCCAAAAGGAACAAUCAUGUCUGGUUUUUAAUCUGGAGAAUAUUUAUGUAUUUUAUCUGGACUGUGGUGGGCCAAUAGGAUCCUGCCUGAGGAUCUCUGACUGGGAUCUAAACAAAUGCAUAAUUUCAAGGCCUCAGGGGUGAUUAGUACAACAUUACAAUCAAAUCUAAAAUUAGAACCAGUGUACAGAUUGUUAAAUGUAUAGAUAUUGUCUGUUUGCUCCAGUGAGAACAGUAAUUGCAGCACAUUACUGAAAGGAGAGGGAAUUUGGAAUUUGGACAACAAAAAUAUUCAGAGCUGAAGAAGUUUAGGAUACAGGAAACAGAAGCAUGGAUUACUUUUUCUAGACCACUAGGAGCAGACAGAUACAGAUCAGAUAAAUAAUAAUUCAGUCAGUCCAGGAUGAAGCUUGUAAAUUGAUAUGAAACUGGAGCCCAAAGCUGCAAAACUAGUGAGGAUUUGGAUAAGAUGACUAAAAUAAUCUAGAAGGGUCUGGACCACUGAAUACAUCAGUGUCAAUUAUACACAUCCAUACACCAUCUCUCGUUAUGCUUUCUGUUAAUUAUAGCAAUUCAGUGUCAGUCAUUUGAAAGCCAGUGCUGUUCUUCAGCAAGAUUGGUCUGGCACACUGAAACUGGAGAAAGAGUAAUAUAGGGAUAAAAAUAUCAAUUGUCCUUUAGUCUAAUUCAGAUACAGUGCACCCACAGCAAACCUAGACAAAGGGUGUAGUGACUCCCUUAAAUGGGUGGGUCUACGUGGUAGUUACAGACUCUACAACUGCUAUAAUAUGUCAUCCAGUUCUGAUACUCAAGAAGUAUUGGUAUCGUCCAUGAAAGCCUGAAAGCCUGUGUCCCCGUGUUUCGGUCCAAAGCGGACAGCAGCUGGGCACAAACGUGUCAUGUUCUCCUCUGAAUGGACAGCAAUCUUACCGACAAACAACUCCGACAGUCUCUUCAAGCCUUCCUGCUCUGCAAGGCUUUCAAAAGCAGAGACAAUGAUGUCAUGUCUCCUCUAACAAAGUAGCCAUCAAUUCCAACACAAGGGCUUCUAGGAUUCCUUCUGUGGAGGCUGAGUGUGAUCACGUUGACCAAGCAAACAGGUGGAAUGCGCAAAGAACGCGCAUGUGGACACUCCAGCUGGGUAAAAGGGACUUUGGUUGGCCAGAGAGGUGCUUCACCUGUCAGCAUCUCUGGCCCUGCUGUUUGAAUGGGAGCUUCUUGUACUCUUAUUCAAGUCUUCCACUGAUGAACUUCUCUCUGUCUGUGUACCAUCACCAUAGUGUUGCUCUGUGCACAGAGCAGGUACUCCAAUAUCUGAACCUUUACUGUCUCAAACAGCGUGACUGGUGCAAAGCAGCAAGUGGCUUCAAGGGCUUCAUCGGAUCGGCCUCCUGACCCGAUCCAGCCCUUCUGGUACAAACUUAUGAUGUGGACGGGCCCUUGGAUGAACCAGUGUAAUAUAUGCAAUAGUUAAGACUAACUUAAAUCUGUUCCACAUUCUGCCAUGUUCUUUCAGACAGUGACUGACUGCAGUGUUCCCUCAGCAUUCCCAGCCCUUUGUCUACAUCUGUAGUCCAGUAAUGAAACUGUGCCUCAGUUACUUACUGCCUCAUAUGUGGCCUGUGGUUUUGUGGGGCUUAGUGAUUCGUACUUGAGCCCAAUAUAAGAAAAGUCGCCAGCUCAGACAUUUUCAUUGGUUCUUUCUGAAAACAGUUUGCAUGUUAUCCAAGUGUCAGUGUGGAUUUCCUGCCAUGCUAUAAACACAAAUCAGGUUUAUUGGAAACUCUGAAUUUACACUAAGCCACUUCAUGCGUCUUCAUGGGCUGAUAGCUAUCUAAUAUCAAAAAAGUGUUAAUGAAGCCAGAAGCAUUAAAGCUGAAUUGAAAUCUGACACAUUUUAACCAAAUGUUAAAAAGGUAUAAAAGCUUUCAUCUCUCAAAGCCACAUUCAUUAUCUGUAGUUGUCCCAAGUGUAAUUGCACAGUUUAUCAUUGCAAUCACUGUUUCCGGGUGCUUCGGGGUACCACUGCAUAUAUGAAAAAAAGUUGUACAAAGCCUUUUCUAUCUUCUGAGGGAGCUGUGUAAAGUCUGAUAAAUGUCCUCAAGUGAUGUCACUUGAGUCAGUGUCAUUUGGGUAUGAAGAAUGAAAAAAGAUCUGAAAAAAAGGUCUUAGAAAGAGAGACCUGCUCAUCUCUGCGCGAGGUUCCAGGCCACAUUAGCCUCUAUUAGUAUAACAGACAGUUGGAAAAAGGGAGGAGCAAGGAGGUAUGUUACCCAGUUCAAUAUAUUAUCUGUUUUUUUGUAUGUUUGUUUUUUCAUUUAAGUAAUAACCCUAACACCUAAUGAGCUGAUAUGUUCCCUCAAAUGUAGGCCCACUCUAUUGAGAUCCAUAUGGCAGUGAUAGGGAACAGUAAACCCUGUUUUUUCCGGUUCCCAUUAUUUGCUAUAUAGAGCUGGGGAACAUAGGACCCUGGGAGAGGACAUAUGUAGAACUGGGGAACACAGGACCCUGGGAAUAUAGGACCCUUUGUCAUGUUCCUAUUAUAUGCCAUAUGUAUCUUGGAAACAUAGAACACCUGGGAACAUAUGAAUGACUCCAUUGUUUAGCUUAAGUCAUUCCACUCCUGGAGCUGGAUGCAUCAGCUGUUCAUAAAUUCAAACUAAGCUAAAUACACCUACUAACUACCAGGUAGUCAGUUGAACCAAGUGACCAAAUGACUAGCUAAUAUCUGAGCCAUUUAGAUUAAAAAGCAAAAGAGGUAUGGUCAACAUCCAACCUGAAAUUUGAUAAAUGCUGUUGUAUUCAUUCAUUCACUGUUGAAGAUUUAAAAUGACAUUUCAGAAAAAUAACACAAUAUACCUCAAAUUAUGAAACAUUUUACUAACAAUAUUUGACUAAAUUAACAAAUUAGAUUAGCACACUUGAAUAUUUCCCAUUCACCAUAAAUUGUAUGAAUACUAUGCACCAGAGUGCAGAAAGAUAUAUGUCUUGCAUCUCUUAAAGGUCAUUUUUGGAAGUUCUGCUAGCUUGUAUUGCUACACUGACUUCCUGUUUACAUAGUUGAUGGCUCUUGACUGGACAGCACUACAUAUGUUUCUUAGCUUCUUGUAAUGCAAGUAAUGCAAGUGCAACUCUUAGUAAAUCGCUAAUUAGAAACUAGCAAGUAAAAAUGGCCUUUACAUUCUAACUUAGUAAUGGUUUAUGAAGAGCUGGUGCAGUCCACUGCAGUCACUUAACAGCUUCUGGUGGAUUACCAACACUCUAUGUAACAGACUGGGGUCUACCCCCCUUAGCAUCGAGUGCAGGAAAAGUAAGACAGUUGCAUCUACUGAAUGUUACUCUGUCAAAAUGAAAAUGUAUUGAAUCACAACAGGAGUUAUUCCAGAUAUUACAGUCCAAUUCCAUCAUUGAGUGCCACUGCAGGAAGUAAUGUGUUCUAUGUAUAGCAAGUCGAAAAGUAAAGGUGUGGAGGACAAGGUGGAACUUUCAUGCAGAUGAGAGUUUGCGUCCCAUCACAGCUCUCCAGUUAUUGUUCACCUUAUUAGUAACCCUACACCCAGUCUUUCCUGAACCUCAAACACACCGUCUAUGCUAUGCCAAGUCCAAAUAUUGUACAAAAGGGAGAAUUUUAACUGUUGACAUUGGAUGAAAAAAAUGUCUUUGAAUGUUACCUGGAGAUUCACAGAAUUACCCAAUAGUCACAUUAUUAUCUGACAGUGUUGUUAAGAUAUUAUAUCUUUGAAAUGCCAAGUGUAAGCGGGGCCUAAAUUACACACAGGUAAAACCGUUUGUUAUCCCUGAAAGAUAUUGACAACCUGUAUGACUUGCCUGUUGUCCUCCCAAGGCAUGCUGGGAUAGGCUCCAGCUCCCCCACACCCUGACCUCUGAGGUGUUUCACACACAUUGAUGUUAGAGAACAUUUGGCAACCAUUGUUAACCAUCAGCAGCCUGUCGGAUUUCAUGCUUCUUUAUUCCCCACAUGAUGUGAGACUAUUUUCUUAGACAACAGUUGAAUACACAACUUCACUUUUUUAUCAUUUUCAUUUGAAGGACUACCGAGAUCAGCAUCUCAAAUUAUGCAUGAUAUCACUUCAAUCGUGCUUUAUUUGCUUUUUAGCUACAGAACUGAUCAAAAUUCGGUGAUAGGGCACUACAAAAGCAACAGAAACACAAGAUUUUCCUGUUUAAGAGUAUAGACUACAAUAUAUGUAAAGAUUAGGCAAUGCAAAUUUAAAAAUGAAUUUGAUCAGAAUCAGAUGUAACUAUCUCACUCUUGUAGUCACUGUACUGGCAGUCAGAUAAGUAGUACUGCAAUCAUCUUUGACAGUGGCGAGGCCUUAUCCACACAUCUCUACAACCAAUAGGACAAGGCUGUGAUUAUGUUGCAUUCCCUGUCUUUUUUUUUUUUUCUACAAUCUUUUGUACUGUUAUUUAUACUGUAUUGUAAUUAUAAGUACAGGAAAGUCCUGAAGCUUUCCUUGAAUGUUUUGUUUGUUUGCCGUUUUUUGAUGACGUGACAAGAAGCAUCAGUCGAAGAGUUUGCCUUCACUUUUGAAGCCUUUGUGUUUUAAUAUGUGUCUUUUCUAUUAUCUAUUAAGCUAACUGGUUAUCUGUCGCUCAGUGCAGGAAAUGUGCUACCGUGGUGUCUGAUUUUUGUUUCCAUGCAGCUCACAGUGUCUUUUUCUGUUCAUCACUGUCUCCGGUGGCAUCGUCGGUUUCAUCGUCGAGGUUCUGUCAACAUUUUCAGGAGCUUUUCUUCCAUGUCAUAGACAUCUUAAUGUGUUAUAAAUUUCAAAGCCACAUGUAUUCAGCAAGAAAUCUGUGCUUUGACAACAAAUAAGAGGUUUUUGUAUGUAAUUUGUUGAAAAUGUAGACGGUGUACAGAAGUCUUGUUUUUAUUGGGUUAAUAUGUUGAAUACAUACAUUGUAGAUCGUGAACACUGAUGGUUGUUCUGGAAAAAGAAUGGUUUAGAACACUGUCAUAACACUGAUAUGUAAGUGCACUGAUUGAGGCUAUUGUAGAAAUAUUUAAGUACGCUUUUGGUAAAGUAAAAAAUCAUGGGAUAUCCAUAGAAAGAUAAGGUGGUGGCAAAUUGUAGCGGCAGUUUGGUAUUUGUGUGUCUUCAAGCUAUUUAUUUGUCCAUUUUUAUUUUUAAAAAGGGAAUUUAACAAAGGGAAUAUGAGAAUGGCUGGAUGGAUGGUGGCAACUUUGCUCGGAGGUGACACUGAAGCAUGCCUAUUUUUUUGUUUUUAGUUUUUGUGUGUGCGUGUGUGUGUGUGUGUGUGUGUGUGUGUGUAUUAUACACAUAUGUACAUAAUGUUGAAAAAAGUACAGCUGUGUUUUGUCUGAGAACAGGUUGCUAAAUACUCAGGCUGUGCUAACGCUCCACCAUACCAUACAACUGUUUAUGAAGCUCAAUAAAAAGGUCACUUUGUUA